CCAAAGCCCAAAGGGAUCAAACUCCACUUGCAGUGAGUCUACUCCUUUGCAUUUUACAGCACGGAAAUCGGAAUCCAUGGCCGACCAACUCGAGCACCAUGAAAACCCUAGCUUCUUCAUCGCCGUUCACGUAGGCGCCGGAUUCCACGCGCCUUCCAACGAGAAAGCCCUCAGGUCCGCCAUGAAACGCGCUUGCCUCGCCGCCGCUUCAGUUCUCCGCAAGGGUUCUGGUAGAUGUGUGGAUGCUGUAUCUGCUGCUAUUCAAGUAUUGGAGGAUGAUCCAAGCACCAAUGCUGGCCGAGGCUCCAAUUUGACGGAAGACGGGCACGUAGAAUGUGAUGCUAGCAUUAUGAAUGGUGAUACCGGAGCAUUUGGAGCUGUUGGAGCGGUUCCAGACCAGGUGUGAAAAACGCCAUUCAGAUUGCUGCUUUAUUGGUUCUUGGUUGGUGAAGGUGCCUGUGAAUGGGCGAAAUCCAAGGGUAUUUCUGUGCUGGCAACAGCAAAAGAGGCCAAUGAGUGGCUGGUGACUGAAAGGGCCAAAGCACAAUGGAAAAAAUACAAAGCAAUGGUCAGUGAUGCAAAAGCCAAGAUGGAGAACUCCUCUAUUGAACAUCAAUGUAGUCCCCAAGGGACUGCUGCAAAGUUAGAAAAGGAAGGUCAGCCAUUUUAUCCAUCAAAAAGGGAUGUGCCUGAAGAAGAUUCCAUCAUGGACACAGUCGGAGUUAUUUGUGUUGACACUGAAGGACAUAUAGCAUCUGGAGCCUCGAGUGGGGGAAUCGCUUUGAAGGUCAGAGGACGUGUUGGAUUAGCAGCAACGUAUGGUUCAGGUUGUUGGGCAUCCUCUAAAGGUCCUUUUGGAGCUCCAUUUGUAGUUGGCUGUUGUGUGAGUGGUGCUGGUGAAUAUUUAAUGAAAGGAUUUGCUGCUCGAGAGUGCUGUGUCUCUUCAUCCAUUUCACAGGUUGGUCCUGCCUCAGCUUGCAACAAAGUAUUACGGUCUUUUGUUCAAGAUAGCGAUCAUAAUGGUACUGACAAGAGUGCUGGUAUUCUACUUGUGCAAGCGGACACUCCGGUGGUUUCAGGAAGUUUUCUAAAGCUGAAAGCCGUAGAGAUAGCAGCUGCUUAUUCUUCUUUAUCCUUUGGAAUUGGCUAUUUUGGAAGCUCUAUGGAGCGGCCCAAGGUUUCAAUCCCAAGGCGUAAAGAGCAAAACAGGACAGGGAUAGACCAUUUUGAAGCACGAAUUGAUCUUUCUGGUGAAAGCUGAUGUGAAUGCAACAGUGUGCAUAUAAAAACACUGCAUUGAGUGCAUACUGUGACCAAAAUUUUCAGUUCCGUGACGGAUGAGCUAAGCUUGAUCGUCCAUGAAUCAAGAUUCAGCAAUAUCUGAUGUUUUUUCAAGAGAUCGGACAUUACUGUUAGUGUUACAAUGGAUUUGACUUCAUAUGUUAAAGCAAAGGUCAUAUUUGUUGCGACGACUGCAGAAUCUUAAUGCAGAAGCACCCUUAAUCAGAUGGAUUCCUUACAAGCUUACUGCUAAAAAAUUGAACGAUUGUACUUCAAGAGGCUUCAA